AUGGUUUGGUUGAUGCCGAGUUUUAAGCAGAAUCAGUUGACUAGGGAGAGAAAUGGAAUGAAGGAUUUGGGAGGGUGGGUUGCGAGCGGAACAGGUUCUCAGUCUAACCAGAACAAGCUGGUGGGCAAGCAAAAAACGAACCUCUCGUUGGAAGUGAAUGCCUACUUCUCUCUCCUGUCCGCGCUGCAAAUGCGAAAUGCAGCAGCAAGAGUGGAGAGAGAGAGAGAGAGAGAGAGAGUUAGGGUUGAACCUGAGGCUAUAAACGAGUGUGGUCAGCAUGACGGACGUCCGGUGAUGGUUGAUGGUAAUGAUGUGAACAGUGUCACGUGUGCCUGCGUUUGUUUGUGGCGCCGGGCGAACCAAUUCGAGGAAGCGCUUCGACGGUUUAGCGAGUCGCUUGCAGUCCACCAAAGGCAACCCAACUCUCCUUUCGCUUCUACCACCCCUCCUUCCUCCUCCUCGUCCCAGCUCACCGGCCCCGAAAUCGGCAGUGGAAGAGGCUGCCACUCCAACGACCUCCCCUCUUACAUUCCCUCCCUCCAGCCCCUCCUCUCCAAUCUCGCCAAUCUGCGGAAGGAACUUGCGAACACACCGGGCCUUUUCCAUCCCCCAAGACCCGACUUUUGGGGCGGUAUUUUAUCACCCCGCGAUGACGAUAUCACACAGCUGCAGGUCUAUCAACCUCCCUCGGGCAUCUCCUGGCCUCAUGUGAGCCUCCAUCACCAUCACUACGAGUACCAGUACAAGCAGUACCGACAGGGGUGUCAAAAUGACAGCAGUUCUGCUGCUGCUGCUGCCACUGGUGGUGGUGGCGGUGCUGCUGCUGCUGCUGUUGCUUCUGCUCCAGUCAGUCGUCGUAGACUCGCGGCCUGUGGCACAGUUACCAAUGCUACUGCUGCUGCUGCCGCUGCUGCCUCCUUCCUGGUGGGAGUAGAACGUGCAUUGGCCUCGUGUGAUGUUGAUUCGCCGGGGAUGCACACAGCACCACCGCCGCACCCGUCCCUGGGCGCGAUCAGACAAUCUCGGGAGGCGUGUUGGACGGUGUGGAAUGAGUACUAUCACACUAGACACCAACCGCUGUCAGCCGAGUUGCGGAAGCAACUCCGUCAACCGACUUUCAACAACUGGCCCUACACAGACGCUCAAUUGCUUCGUUUUGUGCGCUACUUUUUCAUGGGUGAUGAGGGCACCACUAGCAGUGUCCUCUCCUCACAAUGCAGCUCCACGAUGGCAGAGACUGAGAUGGAGGUGCCAGUGGACGAUCGAUUGCGAUUGGUGCAACGCUGUGACAUUCCGGAGGAGACUUUGGACGCCUGGUUGUGUGCUGUAUAUGCGAAGUACAACUGCGUCAGCUUCCACAACUUCAAACACGCCUUCAUGGUGGCACAAAUGAUGUACACAUCGAUCUGGUGUGCGGAUCUGGCAAGUCUGUUUUGCCAUCUGGACCUCUUCACUCUCCUUUUUGCUGCCAUCUGUCACGAUCUGGAUCACCCUGGACUGACAAAUGCUUACCAGAAUAAUGCCCAAUCGCGUCUAUCCAUCUGCUACAAUUCCCUGUCGCCGCUGGAGAACCACCACUGCGCUGUGGCUUUUGAAUUGGUUCGGACGCCGGCCACCAACAUCUUCGUCAACUUUACUGCCAAGGAGAUAGAAAUUGUCCGUGAAAAUACUGUCCGGUGUAUCCUAGGUACCGACAUGGCCAAGCACACGGACAUUUUGGAGGUCUUCACAGCCAAAAUGCUGGAGCACUCGAUAGAUGCCGCAACAGUGGCCAUUCGCGACGUGUCGGAGUCGGCUUCGUCAGCGGCCAUCAAUGGUACCGCACCGACCACCGCUCAACUAGUAGGCAUCUUCGAUAAAGACGACGAGUCUCACGCUUUGACUAUGGUGGUGCUGUUGAAGAUGUGCGAUAUCUCUACGGAGAUUCGACCCGUUGAUGUUGCUCGGCCCUGGCUCAUGGGGCUUAUCAACGAGCUCAGUGCUCAGCGUGACCUCGAACGGAAGUCUAACCUGCCUCUGUCUCCGGUGAUGGAUGAGUCCAACUUGGUGGACUGUCAAAUCAAUUUCCUCUCCUAUGCUAUGCUACCUCUCGCCAGAUCGCUCAUCUCAAUCAUUCCUGCUCUCGAGUCGUGUUUCCUAAUACCCACGGAACACCAGCUCGCAUAUCAUCAUCGUCUAGCUGCUGAACGAGCCACUCCCUCCUCCUCCGCUGCGGAGGAUACUGUAGGGGCCAAAGCAGUGACACAAGACGAAAAUCGGCACAUUGAUGAUGAGAACAGUGUUGAAGGCGUCCGCCUCGGUGUUGGGUCCAUUGAACUCUCCCACGCCAAGCCAGCAAUCGGAACAGAAGGCGAUGAGUCCAACGGAUCCUCUUCAACCUCUCCACCCCUAUCGAUUCCUUCCGCACCCUUCACCGUCGCCACGCCACGGUCACAGCAAUCUCUACAACUCUGCAUCUCCACUUCGAAUCCGGAUCGAGAACCACCGGGACACGCAUUGCACCACAACCACAGUCACACCUGCUGUAGCAGUGGUGUCGGCAGCGGUGAUAGUCAACAGCACAAACGCACUUCAAUUGUAUCCUCAGCGGGUCUGAUUGAGGCGGAGUUGACUCCACCGCAUCGACCACUGCGUCGAUCGCUCGGUGAAUUGCCGUGGUCAGCGCACGCCCUCCUUCUCACCCACUUUGAGGACGCGUAUCACCUCGCUCCGCCACCUCUCCCGCCGCCCCCUCCACCGCCUCGGUGCAGUCGAUCUAUGGCGAUGGGGGAGAAGACGGAGCCGAAGCCGUCUUCUUGA